AUGCUGCACAGUGAUAUAUUCUGCUUUUCAGCGAUGCUGGCUUUCGGAUCCUCAAGAGCUGCCUCUGUGUUUCCCCUAUGCGUUACGCUACGUCGCAUGAGCUCAAAAGUUUCAGAAGUUGGCGUUACCAAUAUACAAGAUGAAGCAGAUUUUCAGAAACGUGUACUAAAUAACGAAAAGCCGGUCCUCGUUGACUUCCAUGCGACAUGGUGUGUAUCAGGCUCGGGCUAA